AUGUCGCUGUGGUUGGAACACUCUCUAACGGGCUAUUUUCAGCUAUGCGGACUGGUUUGCGGCUGGAGUGGCAGUCGUUUGGGCCGCCUGUUGGGCAGCACCAUACUGGUGAUAAUAUUGAUCGAACUGGCCGGUGAAAUAGAAACAUACUUCACGGAAGAAACACCAGAAAUUAAAUCGAUACCCGCGUAUUUUGCGAAGGUCAUCUUGGGCGUUAAUAUGGCCUACAAAAUGAUCCAUGCAUGGAUUGCAUUUUGGGCUCUGUUCGAGUGUCGCCGCCUUCGCCAUUUGAUGGACGAACUGCCUCCGGUGAAGGCGACACCCUUUAUAUAUAGGCAUUUAAUCCUGGAAAUCACACUAUUCGCGUGUAAUGCAUUCCUCGUCGUAUCUGAGUACAACAUUCGUGGCAUCUAUUUGGAGAAUCUGCGAUAUGCCUAUAGCCUUCAGGCAGUUCGGGCUCGCUAUCUACAAAUGACACUGCUGGUGGAUCGUUUGGAUGUCCAGCUGGAGCAGCUGCAUCACCGAGUGAUAUCCGGUUCAUCGGAUUACAAAACUCUGAGAUUGGACUAUGCCCAUCUGGCGAAAGUGACGCGUUCGUUGUCGCAUCUAUUUGGACUCUCGUUGCUGCUGCUGAAUGUCCUUUGUCUGGGCGACUGGAUCAUCGUUUGCAAUGUUUACUUCAUGGUGGCAUAUCUGAAGGUAUUUCCCGCCACCAUUUUCAUCUUUGGCCAGACCAUGUUCGUCGUGUGCCCCACCCUCGUCAAGAUCUGGAGCAUCUGCGCCGCCUCUCAUCGUUAUGUGUCCAAGUCCAAACGCCUGCAACAGCAACUGAAUGAUCUGCCAGGACAAACGCCAUUGGAAAGAAGUCAAAUCGAGGGAUUUGCCCUGCAGAUCAUGCAGGAUCCCAUACAGAUCGAUAUCUGCGGCAUUUAUCACCUGAAUCUGCAGACUCUGGCGGGGAUGUUCUUCUUCAUUCUGGAGGCCCUGGUUAUAUUCCUGCAGUUCGUGUCUCUCGUGCGGACAUAG